GUCGCGACGGGCGCCUCCUCGAUGACGGACGGCCUUAACUUAUUCACUACUCUCUUUACUUUAUACCACAAUAUUUACGUCAAUUAUUAACCAAAACAGUGACAAAUAAAAAAAAAUUUUUUUGAAAAUUUUCAUUUACAAUUUUUAAAUUUUCUUCAAGUGGAUUUAAAUAAAAAAAAAAAUUUAUUGUGAGAGAAGUGUGGUGAUCGAAACCAUCCAGUUCGUCAAGUGAUUUUUUAAAUUUAUUAUUUAUUUAGUAUUUAAUAUAUAGAAUUUUAAAUUAAAAUAAAUAAUUUAUUGAAUUAUUUUAUUUAAAUCGAGACUCAAUUUUUAAUAUCACCAUAAUUAAUUGUCUUGUCUCAGCAGAGCUUGAUGAUCUGAGAAUAAAAUAAAAAAAAAAAUAAAUAAUAAUUUGACUCACCAAUCGCCUACCCAAUCACUGCAGACACACGUUAUUAUGUCACACUCCCACACGAGCGACGGUACAUUUUGUCGCGGGUGUAUCGACGUGGUUUGACAUUUCCGCCGGGAUUUAACACGCCUGGAUGAGUGUCUCGUUAUUACAACAAGUCGAUACAAUUUAUAAAUUAUCAAGACUGUGAUUAUUAAUAGUAACAAAAAAAAAAAUUCAAAUUUUAAAUAUUUCCCGCUCGGACUGUCAAUCACGUGAUUUGUGUAAUGCGUAGUUGUGAUUAACGAGUGAUUUUUGUAUUUAAAAUUAAACAUAAGUAAAAUUGUGAUUUAAUGAAUUUUCAGUGAUUUUUCAAAAUUUACAGAAAAUUAACGAGUGAGUGACGGAAUUAUUUAAAUAAAUAGUUACAGUUGAUUUUGUUAUUAACAUUUGUGCUGUGACAGUGAAUUUAUAUGGAAAUACACGUAAUAAAUGAUUGAGGUGAUUAAAAAGUGUUGACGAGUGGAAACAAAUGGAUGAGGGUGUUUAACACAUGUGAUGAAAUGGAUGGCACGCCACGAAAAGAAGUAGAAAGGAUAUAUGGAUACCCAUGGGUGGAAUUUGGCCGACAUGUGCCAGCGUUAUCAUCAAGCUGUACCACCACCGGCAUCACCCUCAGCUGGAACUGCAGGAGCUGCACAAAAUUCAUCCCCAAAUAAAGAUCAGUCUAAUAUCACACACGGUUUAUCUAGUAAUCAACACGUCGAGCAAUCAAGUCCGUCCUAUUCUCAUUACACAAUGCUAGAGAAUUAUGAUCGCAGUGGAGCAACACCACCCCCACAAAUGAGUUACGCGAGUUCACAGGGUCUUUUGGCUCUUCAUAAUUCCAUGUAUCCUGGUGCUACCCGGAGUUAUGAUGUGGACUCUAGUAUGGAUGGAAAUGACGGAUCAAUGUCUAUGGAUCCGCAAAUUAUUUCUAUACCAGGGGUAUUAAAUAGUCCAGUGCAACAAAGACUAGAAGACAUGCCGUGGUUGACAUCCGGUCCACCGUUGGAUUACCAGCAGAGUCUGUCAAUGCCAAGUGUUGUGAAGAUGUGCCAUCCAAGUACCUCGACACAACGUAUCCUCAAGGAGCAACGUAUCCGGCGACCUAUGAAUGCGUUCAUGGUAUGGGCAAAGGUCGAGCGUAAAAAAUUAGCUGACGAGAACCCCGAUCUCCAUAACGCCGAUCUCAGUAAAAUGCUCGGUAAAAAAUGGCGCGGUUUGACUCCACAAGAUCGUCGGCCAUACGUCGAAGAAGCCGAAAGACUGAGAGUAAUUCACAUGCAAGAGCACCCGAAUUAUAAGUACCGGCCUAGACGCAGAAAACAGCCGAAAAGAUUGUCAGGAGGACCUUCGUCUCCUCCGUCAAUUGCCGCGAAUUCAGCGGGAUCUAGGUCGACGCCAAGUGUAAAUUCAGCAUCAGCAUCAGCUCGUCAUUCCACGAAGAUGGAUAAUUAUCAAGGAAUGUCGCAGCUACCGUGGGGUGGGCACUCACCGAUUUCUUCGAUGUAUCACCAGCAGCAGAGCAUACAGGAUUACAAGUCUGAAAAUAAUUCUCUUUAUGGUAGUCCUUAUACGCCGAUUAUUCAUACACCUGACAUAUCACCUGUUGCGAGUCCUGAAUCCGAAGAAACGUGUAAAUUUGAAGGAGAUGGAACACACCUUCAAUCCUCUCAGAACACUGAGGCCGAGAGAGAAUUAAUGGAUAGCUCAGCUAAACAACAUAACGAUUUACUAGAACAAAGUAAACGUUACUCGUAUAUGAAUACUGACAAUCAAUUGCACGCUGGACACGCCGGAGGCACAAGCAUAUCUUCCUGUCAGAAUACUGGUGGUUAUACGGAUACUUUGACCUAUAAGAAAUCGAUUGGAUAUUUGAAUUUCGAGAGGCAAACAACGAGCAUCGCCGCGGUGGGGAUCGCUAAUGGCAUGAUGGUAUCAUGUAAUAAAUUACGGUCUGGUUUCGACAACGUCGGAUCAGUCACGGGGACGUUUUACCCUCCUGUUGCUUCACCUCAUGAUCAAACAAUUCACUAUAAUAAUCCUCAGUCAUCAAAAACCGCAAACUACUCAAUGCAGUCCAAUGUCGAGAAUAAUUAUAACCAGGUUCAAUGUUCCAAUCGUCAGCAGAAUAUUAAUAUGAGAAAUUCAAAUGAACAAUGUCCAAAAAUGCCGCCAACGAGUAAAGAAACUGAAAAUGUUGCCGAAAAUUUGGCCGCUGGUGUACCAAGUAAUACACAAAAUCCAGCUUUGGCGAUGCCAAGUACAACACUUAGGAUAGUUGCAUCCAGUGAAGAUUUUACUGAAGCGAUUUCAGAACUUCCGACAGAAUCAACAGCAGCUAAAAUCGAAACAAAGUUAGAAAAUGUUGGUAAAGAAAUAACAGCAGCAACGGGAAUACCAACAUGGGGUUUAGUUGCUAUUUUAAUUGCGGUGGGCGCAAUAGUGUUGGGCGUCUGUUUCUGCUGUAUAAGAAGAUGCUUCCGGAAACGGCGAUCAAAGGACGGAAAGAAGGGUCUCAAAGGCGCAGUGGAUCUAAAGGGAGUGCAAUUACUCGGAGGAACGUACAAGGACAAGGUACAGCCGGAUAUGGAGGAACUUACGGACAAUGCUGAGGAGCCCGAUGAAGCCGAGAGCAAACAGAGCGAGGUCAAACUUGGAAGACUACAAUACAAGCUUGAAUACGAUUUUAAUUCAAACAGCUUGGCAGUCACGGUAAUAAAAGCUGAAGAUUUACCAGCUUUAGAUAUGGGCGGAACAUCCGAUCCUUAUGUCAAAGUUUAUUUACUUCCGGAUAAGAAGAAAAAGUUUGAGACUAAAGUUCACAGAAAGACAUUGAGCCCUGAAUUUAAUGAAACCUUUACAUUUAAGGGUGUCCCGUAUGCCGAUGCAAUGAAUAAAACACUAGUGUUUGCAAUCUUCGACUUUGAUAGAUUUUCAAAACACGAUCAAAUUGGCGAAGUAAAAGUACCGCUAUGCCAAAUAGAUUUAGCUCAGACGAUCGAGGAAUGGAGAGAACUCCAGAGUGUUGAAGGAGAAGGUGGACAAGACAACAAACUUGGUGACAUAUGUUUCUCUUUACGUUACGUACCGACAGCUGGAAAAUUAACAGUAGUAAUUCUCGAGGCCAAGAAUCUUAAGAAAAUGGAUGUCGGCGGUCUUUCAGAUCCGUAUGUUAAAAUAGCAUUGAUGCAAAAUGGCAAGCGUUUGAAGAAGAAGAAAACUUCUAUUAAAAAAUGCACAUUGAAUCCUUAUUACAAUGAAUCGUUUACAUUUGAAGUUCCCUUUGAGCAAAUACAAAAAGUUAAUUUAGUAGUAACUGUAGUAGACUAUGAUCGCAUUGGUACGUCAGAACCAAUUGGUAAAUGUAUUCUUGGUUACAAUGCAAGCGGUACUGAAUUGAGACAUUGGUCUGACAUGCUCGCAUCACCAAGACGACCAAUUGCCCAAUGGCAUACGCUCAAGGAUCCUGAGGAUGGUGAUAAGAAAGACUAAGAAAAUUAAAACCAAAAACAAUAAAAAAAAAGGCGUAUAUUCGCUUCAUCUAAAAAACCAAACAAUAAUUAAAAAGAACAAAGCUCUGAAAUAAAAAUAAAUAAAAAAAAACCCAGUAGAUAAUGAUUAAUUAACAAAAGUUAAAAAAAAAUAAAUGAAUCAGCAAAAUUACCAUCAUACAAAUAAUAAUAGCGUUAAACUAUAUUCUGAUGGAGUGUA